AUGUCGUCUACAGAAGUUGUUGCUGAGCAGCUUCAGGAGGCCGUGUCUCCAGUGAAAACCGUGGAGCAGAAGGAUCACGAUAAGCCGGAAAGCCCACGAAAACGAAAGCUGGCGGAUGAGGAGGAGAAACAGACCGAAGAGACACAAGUGAAGAAAGCGCGCGAAGCGGAGGGAUCCGAGAAUCUUGAGGAGAAUAAAGAAGAGCGUCCUGUGAUAGAGGCAACACAGAAGGAGCAGUUGGUGGAGGAGAUAGCUGACAAGCAGGAAAGCGCUGAAGAAACAAAGGAGACAUCUGAGAACACUGCGGAAGAGGCGAAAGCCUGUGAAAGCAACGAAGAGUCAUCGUCGCCCAGCAAGGAAGCUGCAGAGUCAGACAAGGAGAAAAAGGAUGAUGAAAAGACGGAGACAGAGGCUGCAGCUGAGCGUGAAUCGGAAGCUGAGGUCGUUGAAGCUUAA